UAUUAUACUGAAGCAAAUUUUAUCACAUAUGAAGUGUCCAAAAUAAAUAACAGACUAAAGACCCGUCUGAGUAAAUAUGAGACCGCUUGUUCAUCUAAGAUUUGCACAACUCAUCAGUCGAGGAAAAAAUCGUUUUACUUCCCCGUUCUCUGCCCUUUAGUACCAGGUCUACAAUCGUACGAUAAAGUGGACUUACUACGGCGUCGUUGGUGCUUGCCGUCUAUAUCGAUUCACGGUAUUGAACAUUCCUUUGAUAAACCGGGCGCACCGACACUGAUCUCGAGAAAGGUUAUGGGUAAAUUUUCCGUCCGUGUGGUACCCGCACAACCGCCGAAGAAGAUUGCGCAAAAAGUGAAAGCCUAUUUGGAACAAUUGCACCAAUUGCGUGGAUCCCCAAACCGAUUAGAGAUAAAAAUUUUCCGUGAUGGUCGACCGUUUCUGGGUGAUCACACAGUGAAAAAUUAUCAGGCCGCAGCGCGGGCGAUCACUCGAGUUUGGCAAAAAGAACCGGAUCUGACCAGGGACGGAGCUGCAAUCCCGGUGGCAAUCGAAUCGACCAAAAAAGACGUCAUCCUAAUCCCAAUGGGUCAGAGUUUGGAUUUUCAACACGAGAACAACGAACGACUGGCCAUUCGGAACUACAUUAACGGGAUAAAAGUGUUUAUCAACUAUUUCUUCGAAUUGGCCAGCGCGGAGAACGAGGACAGUGAGGAAGAGGAACAACGACAAAACGAGCGCGAGAAAUGGCGUCUGAAAAUGGUGUAG